CAGAAAACAAUGGCGGUGUGUCCAUGAGGCUUGGUAAUCGAGCUGCUAACGUUUUGAAGCAUUCUAUUCAAAGUCUCCAGCACACUACUGGUGGUUCAAGCCUAACAGAACAACGAGAGGUACAGAUAGCACAACAACAGGAUCAUGCCGCUGGUGGUUAUCUCUGACCCGUACGGGCACACAAUGAACUGUCAUGAGUUUAAAGGGAAGCAUUAUCCAAUCAGACCAGACAGCGAUCAAGAUGAAAUCCUCACGAGACUUCCUGAUCUUCCCUGCAGAGGCGAUGACGUCACCAUCAUUGCAUUUCCUAAGACAGGAACGCAUUGGGUUUGGGAGAUGUGCAAUAUGCUGUUGACGGGAGUAACUGAAAUACAAACAGAUAACGACAAAGGCAAGACGAUGCUAGAGAUGAGGACAGAAGAGGAACUCUACAGUCGUCCAUCUGUCCGUGUUCUCAACACGCAUGUCACACCGGAACUGUAUCCUAAGGACCUAGUCAAACGAAAAUCAAAGAUCAUAUAUAUAGAACGGAACCCAAAAGAUGCCACAGUGUCAUACUUCCACCAGCUCAGUAAAAUGAGAACCAUAAAUUACUCUGGAGCUUGGGACGGCUUUUUCGAAUUGGCCAUUGCAGGGCAAGUUAUUUAUGGCUCCUGGUUCGAUUAUGUGAAGGCCUGGGAGGAAUUUUUCCGGACGCAUGAAGACAUUCCGGUUUUAAGGCUUUGCUAUGAGAACCUUAAACAGGACAGCGCUGCAGGAAUUGCUCAGAUCACAAAGUUCAUUGGAGUAGAUCGAGAUUUAGCAUUCCAAAAGAAAGUAGCAGAACAGUGUGGAUUUGAGAACAUGAAGAAAGGUCGUACAUUAUCGCCGGAGUUGAGCAAGAUUGUGAAAACCCAGACACAUCCAAUAUUCAGAAAAGGUACUGUCGGAGACUGGAAGAACUACUUCACCGUGGCACAGAACGAGAGUUUCAACACGGAACGGCACAGUUCUUUUGUUGAGAACAGAAGUUUAAAGUUUAAUAGCUUUUAUCAAAAUUCACGAAUGUCCAUUUCUUUGGCUUGGAAUAAUCCGUGGAGCAUUUUUCCCAGAACCAAUAACUGA